UUGGGUUGUUAGCGCUUAGGUUUCGUUGCGCAUCUGUCACCGUUCAAAAAUCCGAAAUUGAGGUUAACUCAAAGAGUAGGGUGUAAGUUAUAAUUGGAAUGGUGUGAGGUGCCGAAUCCACCUCAGUCCGCACUCAGACUCUCUUCGGUGGCGUAACCAAGUGCAAGUGUGUCAAAUCGUGAUGGGUUCGUGGCCACAAGACGUGGGCAUCCAUGCCCUAGAACUCUACUUCCCCUCGCAGUACGUCGACCAAACGGAACUCGAAACCUUCGACGGGGCCUCCGCCGGCAAAUACACCAUCGGACUGGGCCAGCAGAAGAUGGGCUUUUGCACAGACCGCGAAGACAUCAACUCUCUCUGCCUCACGGUGGUGAAGCGCCUUUUGGAGAAGUACUCCGUUGAUUACUCGGCCAUAGGGCGCCUGGAGGUGGGCACCGAGACCAUCAUCGACAAGUCCAAGAGCGUCAAAACAGUGCUGAUGCAACUGUUCGAGCCCCAUGGAGUCACCGACAUUGAAGGCAUCGACACGACCAAUGCCUGCUACGGGGGCACGGCAGCCCUCUUCAACGCCAUUUCGUGGGUCGAGUCCUCGGCCUGGAACGGGCGCUACGCCCUGGUCGUCUGCGGCGAUAUCGCCGUCUAUGCCAAAGGCUCUGCCAGGCCCACGGGGGGCGCCGGGGCCGUGGCCAUGCUAGUGGGGCCCAACGCCCCCCUUGUCUUCGACAGAGGGGUGCGUGCGACGUACGUCAAGCACGCGUAUGAUUUUUACAAGCCAGACUUGACCUCCGAAUAUCCCACUGUCGAUGGUAAAUUAUCGAUUCAGUGCUACUUGAGUGCUUUGGAUAAUUGUUACCAACUCUAUGGCAAGAAUUAUUCGAAAAAGAACAAUUCUGCAUUUGAUUUGGGGUGUUUUGAUGCCGUUUUGUUCCACUCGCCGUAUUGUAAACUGGUCCAAAAGUCUCUAGCUAGGCUUGCUUUGAACGAUUUUCUCACAAGUGCGCCCAAUCAGCGCACAGUUAAAUUCCCAGGUUUGGAAAAUUUCAAUUCGGUUAAAUUAUCCGAGAGUUAUUUCGAUCGUGACGUCGAGAAGGCUUUCCUCAACUUCACGAAAGACACUUUCGAGGCAAAAACCAAGCCUUCGUUGCUCAUCGCAAGUCAAGUUGGUAACAUGUACACACCGUCACUAUACGGGGGGCUUGUCUCCCUUUUAUUAAAUAAAACUGUCUCGGAAUUGGCCGGUUGCAAAAUCGGGUUAUUUUCCUACGGUUCGGGGCUUGCAGCCUCCCUGUUCUCAAUCACAGUGACGAAAGACAGCAAUGAAAAUUCCCCCCUGGCUAAACUAGUCAAAAAUGUGCAGCUAAUCAAGCCACUGUUGGCGCAAAGACACAAAGUGGCACCCGAAAAAUUCGAAGCUUAUCUCGAACUAAGGGAGAAGAAUUGUCACAAAGCCCCCUAUGAGCCUGCAGGUGCAGUCGACAAUUUUUUCCCUGGGACGUAUUAUUUGGCGAAAAUUGACGAAUUGCAUCGGCGGUUCUACGAAAGGAUUCCAGUUGCAGCCAAUGGACACGUUUAGUAUUUUAGAGUUAAGUAAACGAGCUCAAAUAAUCCAAGUGCCUCUAGAUAGGAUGUCCUGCAGGUUAGCGAAUAGGGGGCCCGGUCAAGGCAAUCACUUUUUAGAUACAAUAUCGUGUAAGGAGUAAUUUUUCUCUAUUUGUUAUUUAUUCAAAUAUUUAUUUAUUACCGGUGGAUAAGUGACAAGCUUUUGUUGAUAUUUAUUUACGAUCUAUGGUAUUGUUGGAUUUUAUUAAACUUGUAGACAAA